AUGGCUUCGAAAGAUCCGAUAAAAAAGCCUUCGCCAAAAUCCAGUCAUCCAACGCCAAAAUUUCAGACAGCAGAUGACGAUUUUGACACCGAUCCAUCCUACGUGAAUGAUGUUGAUGAAAAACAACAACGUUAUGGUUCACAGACGGUGCCGGGAUCAGGUCAUACAGAUCAUGUUGAUUUUGAGUCUGUACAAGAAAAGAUGAAAACGGCUUCUAAUCAAACUAAAACCAGCUAUCAAGCGAAAAAUCCAAAUUCUGGUUAUGGUGGAACAUAUGGAACAGAGAAAACAAUGGACAAGAAUGCCGUUGAUUAUACUUAUCGUUCGGAAACAGAAAAGCAUGGAUCGCAAAAAGAUUCCACCAAGGGAUAUGGGGGAAAGUUUAAUGUACAACAAAAUACACAAGAUAAAUCACAAAUAGAACAAACAGAAAAGCAACCACCACAAAAAGAUCGUAACAUGACAAAAAACAUUGUAGAAAAACAUUCAUCUACUGUUAGUGCACAACCUGUAUCUAGCAAUGAAAGCGUAAAAACCAUUGCAGAAAAACAUUCAUCUACUAUUAGUCCACAACCUAUGUCUGGCAGUGAGGGCGUAAAAAAUAUUCGAGCUAGGUUUGAAAACAUUAAAAAAGAACAAGCAGCCGACACAGACAAACGUGUUGCUGAAGAACGUGCUAAACGAAAUAAUAAAACAGAGAGUGAAAAAACGACUUCUUCGCCUUCUACUCCUCCUGUGGUAACGUCGUUUGUCUCUACUGAAAGUAGCCAUAAACAAGCAUCUUCUCCAUCACGUCAAGAAGUAAAAGAAGAUGAUACUAAUAAAAAUGUGGAGACAGUGCAGGAAGAGACCGUUGUACAAAAACCCACUGAACAAUCUCAGAUAGUGCAGACUAAUAAUAAAGAAGAAGUGAAACCACAAUUCAUUGGUAGUAUGGAUAUAUCUGGUUUGAAACUGCGACAAAGACGUGAUUCGUCAGAUGAGGAUCAAGAAAGUACCGAUGAAGAGUGGGAAAAUGAAAUGGGUAAUAAUAAGAAAAAAACAAACCAGAAACAAGAGAAAAAUCACAGUCUCUCUCCGCCGCCUGUAAGUAAACAACAAGAAGAAAAAGAAUAUCAAAAGGAAGAGUCAGUUUUGUCUGUUGCCAUUAUCGAAUACUGCGAAAAGUUUACUGAUUUUACAUUCUAA